AUGACUUCUAGCGGAUCGAGCGAGACCUCGAAAUCGGAAUCUGAAUUACCAUUGGCAUCUAAUGAAGUCGAUGCCGAGGGCGAGGAAGACAUUGUCGAUCUAUGCCGGCGAUUGGAUACGCAGCUUGAAGAGAAAGCAAAAAUGCAUAACUUGAACGCCUUAAACGUCAAAUCCAUUCUUCAUAGGCUUAUACGUGAUCCACAUGUACUGUCUGCAUUGAUGGGUAUCAAAGGUGAUUCAGAUGAUAUUCCAACCUUGAAAGUGACUCGAUCAAAAGUCAAGCAUUCUUCUUCGGAAGUAGCCAAGGUCGAACUGAAGCCGGUCCAGCCUCCACUUACAUUUCUUGAUGUGCAGUUUGAAAAUGAAGACGAGGAUGAAGACUACAGGCCCGAGGAAGUUCAGAGUGAUGAAAGUGAAGAGGAAGAAGAAGGGAAUGAUACUCUCACAGUUGAUCCUGAGCAAGUUGAGGGUCAAAACAAGGCAACUACAGAAAACGUUGAAGAAACUAAUGAUGUAGUUGAUGGUACUUUAAUGAUUUCCGAAGGUGCUAACCAAGAUGCCGAGUUGUCGCCCUAUCAACUUCGAUCUCGCGUACCACACAUCGAAGAAAAUCUGGAGUUUGAAUCUCUAGACGGCGGCUUCUUGCAUGACAGUUUUGAUACUUUUACUGACUACCAUGGACAAGAGAUGCUAACUUUUGUGGAGAAUCCUGACUAUCUGAGCUUUCUUCAAGGAAUCCAGUCCUCGACACCCGCCCAAGAAGCUGAGAAUGUGACUGUAGACGAAGAUGAUCCUGAUGACGAAGAAUACAAUGUGUUGACGGAGCUGGAUAAGCUCAAAGAGUUCGAGAAGGAUAAAGACGAACUUCGAAUGGACAAAUUCACAGAAAUUCCUAUGCGAGAAGUGGAAGGACUGUUCUUGGAUCUUAUCGGCGACGAUGUGGAAACGAUUCGCCCAGAGCUGAUUCCACUCAAAACACAGUCACCUAAAAAGAAACGGUCAAAGAGGAAUAGAUCGGAUGGAAGAUCCGAUCCGAAGAGAUCAACAGAUGCAAAGAAUGCACCACUUCCUGUGGAUGAGCCUCCACCUGAUGGUUCCUUCUCUUGCAGCCUUAUUAGCGGGGAGCCUAUCAAAUUUAAACCGGAAGAGUUGGCGCAGCUUCGAAUUCAGCUAGAACAGGUGAUUUCAAGAUCUGCUGUAUAUCAUUUUCUUCACUCGAUAGUUAUUUUGGUGGAUAGCUAG